AACAUAUUUCAGUUCCUGAUUUCUCAUUUAAUUCCACAAAGCUAUCAAAGUGAGCACCGCCAUUGGAGAAGCUGAAGAGAGCGAUGAUACGAAAUCAAUUUUAACAGUGUCUUUCUCAGUUCUCUUCUCUCUCUGACAAGUAAGGAAGCAGAGAGAGGGAGAGAGAGAGAGAGAGAGAGAGAGAGAUGAAAUGAAGGGUCUAAAGAGUUAUCUGCAUCUGAGGCAACCACCACAUAUGGAGAGGAAAUGGAUCUUUCCCUUGGCAAUAGGGUCUUUGGUCUCGCUUUUCCUUCUCUUUCUCACAACCCUCAUCUCCCCAGACGGAACUCUGCUCUUCCCUCUCUAUCGGUCAGCCACCGCUUCUGGUGCCGUCUUCGUCGAGUCCAAGCUCCGCCCUCUCUCCUUGUCUUCCCUUCCUCCACCCCCUCGCAUCGCCUACCUUAUUUCCGGCUCAGCCGGCGAUGGUGAGAUGCUGAAACGUACUCUACUUGCCCUCUACCACCCUCUCAACCGCUACAUCGUCCAUCUUGACCUCGAGUCCUCUCCCAAGGAACGAAGCGAUCUCUUCGAGUUCGUGAGGACACAUCGGGUCUUUACCUCGGUGGGUAAUGUCCGAAUGAUCACCAAGGCCAAUCUUGUCACCUAUAGGGGCCCCACCAUGGUCGCCAACACGCUCCACGCCGCAGCCAUCUUGUUGAAGGAAGGUGGCGAGUGGGACUGGUUCAUCAAUCUCAGUGCCUCCGAUUAUCCCCUCGUUACUCAAGACGAUCUGUUGCACACGCUCUCUUAUUUGCCCCGGGAUCUCAAUUUCAUCGAUCAUACCAGCGACAUUGGGUGGAAGGAGUUUCAGCGGGCAAAACCAAUUAUUGUAGAUCCUGGGUUGUAUAUGACCAAGAAAUCUGAUGUUUUCUUCAUUACCCAGAGGCGAAGCAUUCCCACUGCCUUCAAACUCUUCACAGGUUCUGCCUGGGUGAUGCUCUCUCGCCCUUUCAUUGACUACUGCAUUUGGGGGUGGGACAAUCUACCUCGCACUGUUCUCAUGUACUAUGCAAAUUUUAUCUCCUCUCCCGAAGGCUAUUUCCAUACUGUCAUCUGUAAUGCUCAGGAGUUUCGAAAUACUACUGUCAACAGUGACCUGCAUUUCAUAUCAUGGGAUAAUCCCCCCAAGCAACACCCCCACCACCUCAACCUCAAUGACAUGACAAGGAUGGUUGACAGCAAUGCUCCAUUUGCGAGGAAGUUCCUUAGAGAUGAUCCAGUACUGGACAAGAUAGAUGCUGAGCUUUUGUUUCGAGGGCCUGGCAUGAUUGUUCCAGGUGGAUGGUGCAUCGGGAGCAGGGUAAAUGGAACAGACCCAUGCUUGGUGGUGGGUAAUACUACAGUCCUUAGGCCAGGUCCUGGUGCAAAAAGGCUUGAAAGUCUUAUAGUCUCUCUCUUAUCUAACGAUAAUUUCCGCCCAAGGCAGUGCAAGUGAUAGAAGGGGUGCUUGUGGAGAUCGUGGGGCAGCUUCUGUUGUCAAGCAUACUAGCUGCAUCUGAGAGAUGUAAACUACCACGAGCAGAUAAAGAGUAUUUGGUUCUUGGAUUGGCAGAAAUGGGUUAGAUUUGGUAGAAGUAGGAAGGAGUGUAAAGCCAUAAUUAUCAGUAGCUAAUAGGAUACACACAGUCACUGAAAAAUCCUUUCAUCCUCCAUACUGGUUUAAUCUUUAUAUAUAGCUCUCAUGUUCCACA